GAGGAUGUGAACAAGAUCCUGGGCACGGUCAACACGGCUUUUCGCGAAGAAGCUGGACUCCACCGAAAGCACUCCGCGGCCUUGGACAGUGUUCAGCACGCCCUGGCCGAGCUUACGGCGGCCAUUGGAAGGCCCCCCCCAGACUCGGAAGGGGCAACUCAGAGCCUUGAAGUGUGCCGCAACAUCGAGGGGAUCCUCACGGAGGCGUACCAGGUGAUCCAGGAGAUCCGCGACCGCACACCAGAACGACCGCCGCUGAGGACGCCCCCCAGUGCUCAGCACCAAGACCCGACGCCGGUGCAGCAACACACCAUGCCGAAUGUCAUCGACCUGAGCAGGCGCAUCCCUCCGCCGGUACAGGGAGGGAUACCGAACUUGGCUACGGUGACUCUGGCAAGUGGACGAACAGUGCUGGCACCGCACCUGCAGUUUCAGCGUAGGGGCAACUGA